UCAUCAUCUCCACAUCGACGUCGCGUCGUCGCGUCGUGCGUAUGUGUAUGUAUAUACUGUGCGCAGCCGCCGCGCGCGAACCAACACGCAUGAAUCCGCGCGAGUGCCGUAUACGUAUGUACUCGUGUAAAAUGAAUGUGUGUCUUGGACGCGAGUAAGCGUCGUGUGUCGUACGUAGAGUACGACGAGCAAGUGUUCCGAUUCUGACACGAUGACACGACCGUGCUGCGAAAACGUGGGACGACAGUGAGUCGUGCGGGCGCGAGUGCUUCGAGAGACGCGUUCGAUCGUGUGUUAUCUUCUAUAUUUCGCCGUUGCUCCUUCUCGAUGCAGGAAGACGAACUCGUCGAAGAUAGCAAUUUCGAAUUAGAGGUCUGCUGCGUUUCAUCGUCGCAGGACACGCCGUGAUCUCGCGUAGGAGAACGGACGGAGUGUAUAUGUGUGUGUGUGUGUGAGAGAGAGAGAAAGAAAGAGUGAGAGACUGAAAAAGAGAGGGAGAGAAAGAAAGAGAGAGAGAGAGAGAGAGCGAGAAGUGGAUAUCGAUGAACAUGGUUCGAACGUUUCUGGCCGGUUUUUCAACGAGCACGAAAGAUCGAGGAUCUUUCGAUACGAGAAUCGUGUCUCUCUCGCGAGAAGUUCGUUAAAUUCUAUGCGAGCAAUAUGUGAAAAGGCAUCGCUUCAUCGAGAAGACGAAAUAGCCCGAACGAUGUGCCAGUGAAACUGGCGUAAAAAACGUAUCGUGCGUCGAAGAGGCUCUCCGGCAUUGCAAAUGGUGCUUAACCUAACCUUUCGUUCUUCUCCGCUCGUCGUCACGGUUUUUCUCGCUGCGGAGCGCGUUCUUUCGAGAUCUCGCAGGGAACUGAAAUUGGAAAGAAAGAAUCUAAAACGCCGAAAUCGGGCACCUUUUUUGCAUUCGUAAUUUGUUUGUCCUCCGACAGCAGUGGUGGUGGUUAUUCUUGUCAGUAUUCGGUGGAAACACGAGAUCAGAAUCUAAGGGAGAUAUUUUGAACGCUAGGUCUUCGUCCUUUGUUUAAGAACCACGAAUCCAGUGGUCGUUAUAAAAUCUUUGAUUUCUGAAUAAGAGCAUAAAGAGCAGUGUUUGCUCACGUUUUGUGUUGUGCAAUGUGGUUCUGUAAAACAAAGCUCUAAUUUUGUGUAAGCUGACUUUUCAAUACUUGCGUCAAGCUGCUGCUACUGCUGGUGGUGGUGGUGGUGGUGGUGGUGGUGAUGGUUAUAGAGUGACGUUACAACCGGAUUGGAAUAAAGUUAUCAAACGUUAUGGAAGAAAGAUAAAAAGUUUCCAUGAAAUGGAUAAUAAAAGGAACACAUGCUCUGGGAAUUGAUGGGUAUAUGCUUUUCCUGCAGGAGACCUACUAGCAGCAGGUUGAACAGUAAGAUCUCUGAGCACAUUUCGGCGUCGGUAACUCCCCUCCAUGUUUGUCUGGAGGAACAAAGAGGACCAGAACUGGGCUUAUGUGACGCCUCAGCUCACAAGCCACAGGUCAAAAAGGUUUUUGAAAAUUACAAAGCACAAGAAGAGGCUGCAGAGGAAAAAUUGGAGAUUGGACUAGUUGUAAUUGAUAUCGGAGAGGUGGAGCAAAACCAGCCGAGUAUGGCCAAUACUAUUAGUAAUAUGAAAAUGACUAACCCCAUAAAGGGGCUUGUCAGUAAACGUCGUAAACGUUUCAAAGAAGAUGGCUUCGAUCUUGAUCUCACAUAUAUACGAGACAAUUUAAUAGCUAUGGGAUUUCCUGCUGAAAAGUUGGAAGGAGUAUACAGAAAUCAUAUUGAUGAUGUUGUCAAACUGCUAGAAUCUAAACAUAAGGAUCAUUAUAAAAUUUAUAACUUGUGUUCCGAGAGGUCCUACGAUUUUAACAAGUUUAAGCAAAGAGUUGCUACGUAUGCAUUCGAUGAUCAUAAUCCACCAAGGUUGGAACAAAUUAAGCCAUUUUGCGAAGAUGUACACAUGUGGCUUUCUUUGCAUAAAGAAAAUGUAGCAGUAGUUCACUGUAAAGCAGGUAAAGGACGAACUGGUGUUAUGGUAUGUUGCUACCUUCUUCACAGCAAACAGUUCCCCACUGCCACAGAAGCUCUUAACUAUUAUGGUACCAAAAGAACACACGAUAGGAAAGGAGUAACAAUACCUUCCCAAAGGAGGUACGUGGGUUAUUAUGCUACUCUCGUUCAAGAGGGUCUAAAUUACCAGCCAAUUACAUUAAUUCUACGAAAAAUUCAAUUGGAUCCAGUUCCCAUUUUUAACGGGGGCCAAGGCUAUCUGCAUUUUGUAAUAUCCGAAUCAAAUAAGAAGGUAUUUAGUUCAGAAGUUCACGAGGUACGAAAAGGAAUGCAUUCUAUUUGUAUUCCGUUACAACAUAAUGUGGCUCUAACAGGUGAUAUUCGAGUGGACUUCUAUAAUAGGCCAAAAAUGAAGAGAAAGGAAAAGCUGUUCCACUUUUGGUUUAAUACAUUUUUUGUACGCGAUCACGUUUCAUCCGAGUAUGAUAACGGGGAAUUACCGGUUGAACGAUCGACGAGGGCAUUGAGUUGCGAUGGUACAGCCAUGGAAUUACCGAUGGUGAUGUCACAUGUAAAACCCCGAACAGGAUCUCUAGCUAGCCUUGGACCCAUGCCACCUACUCUUGUUUUGAGCAUAGACAAGUGGGGCUUAGACGACGCACAUAAAGACAAACAUCACAAAAUCUACAGUGCAGAUUUUAAAGUUAGUUUAUUUAUGCACCGAGUUGGUGGAAGUAAUUCGCCGGCUGUGCCAGCGACAACGAAUAGGUUGGGAGAGGGUGUACAAAUAGGAAUGGGUGGUCAGGAAACGCCCAGCGAAUCCAGUGAAGCGGAUAGCAGUGAAUGCGAUACAACGGGAGAUGAAGAUGGUUGGGAAUCUGUGGACAUGGAUCAACGCGUUGGCCGGUAUCGUCUACUAUCUGAUGGAGGGAUGAUAGAUCUUUUGUGAGCACAUCGCACAUCACCCUUAUUCAUCUUUCAACUACCGUGUCAAUGUUAUCUUUAGUUAUCAGACAAACAUCAUUAAAUGUACAAAGUAAAUGAGCUGAUAGGUCUCUGCCAUAUUCAUGUUUUACGUUUAAGAUUUUGACAAUGUGAAAUUUGUUCGCAAAAUAUUUCUUCUUCUUCUUCUUCUCUUUUCUUGAUUUGUUUUUUCUUUUUCUUUUUUCUUUUUUUUUUAUUUAUUUAAUAACGAGCAAUUACUUUGUAACAUGAGAUUAGAUUUAUUUGAUUUCGGCAAUAGAAAUAAAUUUUCUCGUAAAUUACGAAUUAAUUUAAAUGCCCAUUACGAGUGUUGUUAAGUAACGCAGGGGUAACCAGAGAAUAUUUCUAGUAGUUAGUAUUAAAUCAAAAUUAAUCAUAUUUGUAUUCCUAUGUACAAAGCAGCAACGUUAUAUCGUUAUCGGGAUUGUGUUCAUUAAGGAAGAGAAGGAAAGAAAAGCAAAGCAAAGAUAAAAUUCUCAUCUCUGGGCACCCAUUAGUAAAUCGUUUGUUCGAAAUAAUAUUGAUAAAGAAAUGGAAGUAUUAACAAAAUAGGGAUGUAUGUUGCGUCUAUACAAAAUUAAAAGUUAAUGAAUGCAUAUAUUGAGAGAUCGAUAGACGAAUAUAUUUUUUAUUUAUUUUAUUUUACUUUAUUUUAUUUUAUUUUAUUUUUGAAUAUUUGGGCAGAGCAAUCUCUUAUAAAAUUGUAUUAUAAAUUUGAAAAUAAUCGUGGAUCAAAUUGUGCGUAUUUUUGUUUUCUUUUAUUUAUCGCAUAUCAAUAUUGUAAAUCGACGAUUUUCUUACGAUGUUAGCGUACGAAAGACUUUUCGAAUUUGUCGAAAUGACAAGAAAAAGAGACAUCGAUCGCAAUUGCUGAAGAAGAAAAAAGAAAAGAAAAAAAAAAGAAAAAAAAAAAGAAAAAUAACACGUGAAGCUGCUGCACUAUAGUGAGAAAGCACGUAUUAUGGUGUAAACUAAAUGGACUGAUUGUGUGAAGAAAAUAAUGCCGUAUAGAACAAGACUAUUUUCUUAAAUAAGGGAUAAAUAUCGUAAGUCAAUAAUGCGCGUCAAGAAAUGAAUGGGAUGUACCGAUAAAAUAUCUCGACUCGAAAAUAAUUUUUACAAAUGAUCCUAUUGAUCUCCCCACCCCACCCCACGAACCUCGAUCGCCCACUCCGCCCUUCCCCUAAGUUUUCGUCGAAUUUUCAUCAAUCUACUUCGAUAUAAAAUUUAUUUCUUUGCGAACUUUUUAAUACUGCUGAAUUAGAAAGUUUGACACUGAUUACUUCUCUUAUUCGAUAUUUCAUUUCUUUUUUCUUUUUAUUUUUUUCUUUCUUAAUUGGAAAUGUUCGAUUUUGUGAUCGGCUAAAAUAUACGUAUAUUUUUGUACAAAGUCACAAAUAUCGAAAGCCGAUGCGAUUUAACUCGUCGUCAUUUCGUAGGUAUAAUAUAUAUUACGUUUCGUCUAAUCAAUAAAACAUUUUGUACGAAAUAUAUAUAUAUAUAUAUGUGUAUAUAUAUAUUUUUUUUUCUUUCGUCAUAAUCAAAUUUAAUUUAAUCGAGAAUAAAAAUUUCGAUGAGACUUGCUUAAUAUUUUAACAAUAUUUCGGCAUGCGGAGUGUUUGAAGGAUGUGCAUGAAAGAAAGAAAAAAAAAACAAAAUAGGAAUACAUAGAAUCUUCAUUUCCGAAGAAUAUGAAGAUUCUAAACAGCUUAUUAGAGUGUAAAUAAUAUAGAAAAUAAAUUAUAUAUAGAGCUUAUAUACAUUUAUCCUCGAUAUUCAUGAACUUGUUCAUUCACACCACUGUAUCGCAAUCUUCGUUUCGCAUUUACUACGUUUUCUGUCACGAUCUUAAAAUAUGUUUGUUAUUUUUCUUCUUUCUAUUCUUUUCUUUUUUUUCUUUUCUUUUCUUUUCUUUUUCUUUCUUUUCUUUACCUUUAUCUUAAUCUUUUUUCUUCUUAAUUUGAUAUUUCGUAAAAAUCUUCCUUUUCGUCUUCAACGAAGUCGGAAAUUCAUUUACUGUGAGCCUUUUAAUACGACAGCAUAUUAAGAUUGUAAGGUAUUUACAUCGUGCCUCAUUUAAAUCUAUCUAGUUUAUAUACAUACAUAUAUAUAUAUAGUAUAUAUGUAAAGAAUAAGAGAGGGAAGGGAGGGCUGCUAAGAAACGAUCUUCAAUACAAUUGUACUGUUCGCAGGCGAACACGUUCGAUGAGGUACAUAGUUGUUGAUUUUUCGAUUAAUAAAACGUACAAAUGAAGAAUAAAAAAAGAAAAGUAAAGAAAGAGAAAAAGACGGAGAGGGGGAAGGAGAGAGAGAGAGGGAGAGAGAGAAAGAAAAUAAGAUAGAAGAAGAAAAUAAAAUGAAAUAUAAUUUUCAUCAUCGUGAAAAGGAAAUCUUCGAAUGAACGAAACGUACUGUAUAAUUGCGAUGUUAUAGUGUUUGGUUGUUAAUUCGCGAACUAUAUUAACGUGAGAAUGAGAGUGAGAGAGAGAGAGAAAGAGAGAGCGAAAAAAAAAUAAUUUAUUGAAUGUGCAGAACAAGAGUCUCGACGCCGUCCUACGUGAUUCACGGACACACGUAUAUACAUAAACACAUAAAUACACAUAUACAUAUACUUGUAAUUUAUUUGAUCACACUUUUAGCACGUAGUCCACUUGAAACUACGACGUUUCUUGCCUUCGACAAGUUCUUUGUCUUUUUUUUUUUUUUUAUUCUUUCCCGGUCGAUGAUAAGAUGCAGUUGCUUACGUUCGGAACUUAAAUUAUUUUCGGUUCGAGAAAUAGAAAAAUAUCGUGCCAUGUUCCUAAUCGUCAUUUCACGCGAGAGAAGCGUGAUUUAGAAGAGUAGAGAAGAACACACAAAGAAAAAAAUGGCAAUUAUCCAAAUUUCAUUGUAACGCGUGUACAGUCGCCGUUCAUAUUAGUCGUGUAAUAAUAAUAAUAAUAAUAAUAAUAAUAAUAAUAAUAAUAAUAAUAAUAAUAAUAAUAAUAAUAAUAAUAUUAAUAUUAUUAAUAAUAAUAAUGAUGAUGAUGAAAUCUAUCGUAGAAAAAUAAUGCAAAUGUCGAACAAAAAGGAAAACAAAAAAUCCAAUAGAAAUCAUUUAAGAUGAUUCGUUAAGGAAAAAAAAAAUAUGAAGGUCACACUGUAUUGUUUAUUAAUCGAAAAACGACACGAACUGAUAAAAAAGAGAGAUGCUUCAUUGUUUCAUAAUGAUACAAAUAGAUAACAAAUGGGACACUUUGUUUAUGCCAUAAUAGAAAGAGAGUGAGAGAGAGAGAAAGGCAAGGAAAAAAUGAUGGCAUGUGAGAAAGAGAAAGAAUGAGAGAGAAAGAGAAAAUAAAGAAACGAUUGUGUAAAACGGACACUUUAUCAUUUUUGAUUAGCGAUGCUUACAUAAUUAGUGAUUACCGUUGUGAUAUAUCUGAUUAGGUAAAUUUCAUUGCCCAAGAUGUUAAUGGAAAUAUUUUAUAUCUUCCUUUAUAUAAAAUAGGGCUAACAAUAGAUAACAGUAAGUUCGACUAAGAAUUGUAGUACAAAGUUCUUAUUUUUGGUAGUAAAAGGAAUAUUGAGAAAGAGAGAGAGAGAGAGAAUGAGAGAAUGAGAGAAAGAGAGAGAGAGAGAGAGAAAGAGAGCGAAAGGGGAAAAAAGUACUUUGUCCAAUUACGCUACUGACGUGUUUAAUUAUUCUUAACAGAAAAAGAAAAGAGAGAGAGAAAAAGGGAGGGAGGGAGGAAAGAUAAGAUUGUAAAUUCGACGUCAACUGGUAAAUCGAUCGUUAUCUUGUGCAUAUGAUAUAUUUUUUUCUUUUUUAAACAAGCACGAUUUUUCAUAGAUUUAAUUUUUGUUUUAUGAUCGACCUUCAUGGCAAUUGUUACAAGGGUAAUUUUCAUUGAAAUUGAACGAGACUAUUUACGAAAAAUAUGCUGAAAAGAUCGAUUCGAUCCAAAUUGACUUGAAUAAGAAUUUCUGCAUAUAUAGGGUAUUUCACGAGUAAUGUACAAAUCGUCAAAAAAUUUUCCUUCCUUUCUCCGUUAUUACAUGAUUAUAAAUAAACAUCAUUAUAUUUGUAGAAAGUACAUAAGCGAUUUGUACUUUCGUGGGUAACACCUAAAUUGAAAUUUGUAUUUAAAGCACUGGCGAUAUAUUUUUCAUUGAUUAACAUUAAGAUCAAGAUAAAUCAUAAACGAUUUAUACGGAAAGAUUGAGAAGAAAAAAAGAAAGAAAAUUGCGUUCCGUAUGUGAGUGUGUGUGUGUGUGUGUGUGUGUGUGUGUGUGUGUGUGAUAGAGAAUUUUUUUUUCUUUUUGCAUUACAUAAUAAAAAAAAUGAACAAAACAAAAGAAAAAAAAAUAAGUACCUCAGUGUUGAUAUAGAUUAAAAUAAAUUCUUACAAAAACACGACGUACGUUUCGAUCAACGCAAGAAGAAAUAAAUGUUACCUAUGAAAUUUGCGUAAGGAAUGUACAUGGUUGUAUUGGAAUACAAAAAAAGAAAAAUAGAGAGAAAGAGAAAAAGGAAAGGAUAAUACUUUCCUUAAAUUCUGUAUAAAGUGUGAAAAAUGAAAAAAAAAAAGGAGAAUGUGUUGCGCGCGGAUUGCUUAGAGAUAGAGACAGAGACAGAAUGAGAGAGAGAGAGAGAGAGAGAGAAAGAAAUGAAGUGUCAAAAAAUGAGGUAUGACAAGGACAAACGAUACCGUGUAUCAUAGUUGGUCUCUCUUGUACAUACACGCGUAUCGCGUAUUGUUUAUUAUUAGAUCGUCUCAUAUCGUUCAUUGACGGGCAAUAGAACGCAAGUGGAAUGAUCUUUUAUCACUUUGAUCCUGAUUUUUUUCGAGUCGUCCGUUUCUCAAACAAAAACUGGAUUGUCAUCUUUGCGAUACCUCGUUUUAUAUCGUUAUAUACGAUCAAUCUCGAAAGGAUGAUAGAGAAGAUCAGAAACUUGAAGUGAAAUAAUAAAAAGGGAAAAGAAAGAUAUGAAUAUAAAGAGAGAAAGAGAGAGAGAGAAAGAGAGAAAGAAAAAAUAAUGAAUAAUAAGCGGAAGAGAAGAAGAUAAGGUUUAUUCCCAAAAGAGAGAGAGAGAGAGAGAGAGAGAGAGAGAGAGAGAGAGAGAGAGAGAGAGAACGGAAAAAAGAGAAAAAACAAAAAAGAACAAAUAGAAGGAAAAUACGAAUGAGAUACUGCUCUUUGUAUAACUUAUACAUACAUUCACGAGAAACGUUUUUUCCUUCGCUAUAUAGAGAUCAUAUAAGUACCGUUUUAUAAGUUACGUUCUUUACGACGGCCCACUUUUAUAUAAUUCAUGCAAAAUCUGUUUUAAAAUAUAAACGAGAAACACGUAAUAA